AUGGAGGAUAGACAGGAGCCCCAGAGCAGAGGCAGGUUCCAGGGGAAGUGUGGGUGGAUGAAGAAAGCCCACGGCCGGGUCCUGUUCAGCUACAAAGACCGCUACGUCUCUGUGGACCGGACCGAGAUCCUCCUCUAUGAAAACGAGGACCAGAAGAAUUGUCUGGAACGAGUGGAUUUGGAAAACUACGAGAAAUGCCAGGAAAUGAAGAGCGGCUUCAAGAAGAAACACAAACUGAUCCUUUUGCGAUCGCCCAAAUCUCCAAACAAGGUCCAGGACCUGAAGUUCCAGGCCCAGUCUGAGGAGGACAGAAGGUCUUGGAUCAAAGCCCUCAGUGACGCCAUCGACCGAGCCAAGAACAAAGUGUUUGACCAAGUGACGGUGGAUGAGAGCAGUAACUUGGAUCAUGUGACUCGGUCCAGACCCAAACGGACCAAACGGCCCCCGACCCGGAUCCACAUGAAAGAGGUUGCAGAUGUCUCCUCGGAUGGCCUCCUGCGUCUGGACUUGGAUCUGGACAGUGCCAUGAUUUCCAUGGGGAGCCACGCCUCAUCAGCAGUGGACGGAGAUGAGAACCUUAAAGAAACAGCCUCCACAGAACAGUCGGAUCCAAGCCAGACCAGAGUCCUCAAACCACCCAUGCCUCCAUCAAAGGAGGCCCCAGCGAUCACGGAGGAAGAGGAGGAAGAGGAGGUAAAGGAGGAAAAGGAGGAAGAGGAGGAGGUCAAGGUCAAAGACACAGAGUCGAGUGAAGCAGAAACAAGUCCUAAUCUGAAGAAGAAGAAGCUUCCUCUGAUGCCUCCAAACAAACCACUGCUGUCUCUCAUCACUCCACAAGACCCUCCCCCAACCACUGCACACCCCCCCACUCCCCCAACCACUCCCCCAACCACAACCACUGCACACCCCCCCACUCCCCCAAGCAAAACAAAGAAACCCACUGCAGAGAAGAUCCAGGAGGCUCUUCAGAAUGAAGAGGAAGGGUUUGGGUUAAAAACAGAAAAUAUUGUGAAGGAAAUCCAGGAAAGUCCCACAACGCUUGAAAAUAACCUCGAAGCAGGCGAUGCUAAAGCGGACGAGGCUAAAGCGGACGAGGCUAAAGCAGACGAGGCUAAAGCAGAUGUCGCUAAAGUGGACAAUGCUAAAGCGGACAAUGCUAAAGUGGACAAUGCUAAAGCGGACAAUGCUAAAGCGGACAAUGCUAAAGCGGACAAUGCUAAAGCGGACGAUGCUAAAGCGGACAAUGCUAAAGCGGACGAUGCUAAAGCGGGCAAUGCUAAAGCGGACAAUGCUAAAGCGGGCAAUGCUAAAGCGGGCAAUGCUAAAGCGGACAAUGCUAAAGCGGACGAUGCUAAAGCGGAGGUUCCAGUGGUGUCGGUAACAGAAUCAGGAAGUGUGCCGUUAAGUCCAAAGCUGGGUCAAAGAGAAGGAGAGAAUGACAGUAAAAAGGCAGAGGAGAAAUCCGUUGACAGCGGGCAGCAUUCCGACGACAAUAGCGGAGAUUCUGAAAGUGAAGACCCGUUGGCGAUCGAGAACAACGCGUCCGAUGAUUCGGAGAUUAAUCACGAGAAAUGGCCGGCCGUAAACGCACAAACUCGGCACGCUAAAGGCUACACGUCGUGGCUUUCCAAACCGCAGACACCGAUAAAACCGUUAAUACCACUAAAACCGGAAAAGCGCUCAUUAUCCAGCGGGAAUAUCCUGUUAGAUUCUUGCGAGGAAAAGACAAGUUUGGAAAGUGGAGGUGUGAAUAUGGAAAAACUGGAGAAGGAGGUGGCUGCGGAGAUGGAGGACACGAGCGAGCUGCUGACCAGGGCGUCCCGAGCCCAGGGGGGAGAAAGCCUGCAGGAAACUCACACUGUCCAAGAACGCGAGGAAGAGCUGGUGAAGGAAGAGCGUCUGUCUGUGAAGGAAGAGCGUCUGUCUGUGAAGGAAGAGCGUCUGUCUGUGAAGGAAGAAGGUCUGUCUGUGAAGGAAGAGCGUCUGUCUGAGAAGGAAGAGCGUCUGUCUGUGAAGGAAGAGCGUCUGUCUGAGAAGGAAGAGCGUCUGUCUGUGAAGGAAGAGCGUCUGUCUGUGAAGGAAGAGCGUCUGUCUGUGAAGGAAGAAGGUCUGUCUGUGAAGGAAGAGCGUCUGUCUGAGAAGGAAGAGCGUCUGUCUGUGAAGGAAGAGCGUCUGUCUGAGAAGGAAGAGCGUCUGUCUGUGAAGGAAGAGCGUCUGUCUGUGAAGGAAGAGCGUCUGUCUGUGAAGGAAGAGCGUCUGUCUGAGAAGGAAGAGCGUCUGUCUGUGAAGGAAGAGCGUCUGUCUGUGAAGGAAGAGCGUCUGUCUGAGAAGGAAGAGCGUCUGUCUGUGAAGAAAGAGCGUCUGUCUGUGAAGGAAGAACGUCUGUCUGUGAAGGAAGAGCGUCUGUCUGUGGAGGAAGAGCGUCUGUCUGUGAAGGAAGAGCGUCUGUCUGUGAAGGAAGAGCGUCUGUCUGUGAAGGAAGAACGUCUGUCUGUGGAGGAAGAACGUCUGUCUGUGAAGGAAGAGCGUCUGUCUGAGAAGGAAGAGCGUCUGUCUGAGAAGGAAGAAGGUCUGUCUGUGAAGGAAGAGCGUCUGUCUGUGGAGGAAGAACGUCUGUCUGUGAAGGAAGAGCGUCUGUCUGUGAAGGAAGAAGGUCUGUCUGUGAAGGAAGAAGGUCUGUCUGUGAAGGAAGAGCGUCUGUCUGUGGAGGAAGAACGUCUGUCUGUGAAGGAAGAGCGUCUGUCUGUGAAGGAAGAAGGUCUGUCUGUGAAGGAAGAACGUCUGUCUGUGAAGGAAGAAUGUCUGUCUGUGAAGGAAGAGCGUCUGUCUGUGAAGGAAGAACGUCUGUCUGUGAAGGAAGAGCGUCUGUCUGUGAAGGAAGAGCGUCUGUCUGUGAAGGAAGAGCGUCUGUCUGUGGAGGAAGAACGUCUGUCUGUGAAGGAAGAGCGUCUGUCUGUGAAGGAAGAGCGUCUGUCUGUGAAGGAAGAACGCAGAGUCUGUCUUUGA